AAACUUUAGUCUAUGGUGUGUGUCCAUUGUUUUUCUACAAUGUUAUUUUUCUGACUGCUGUUGGUGGACGAAAAAUUUUUAUCUCGCUGCGUCGAGUGUGGCUUUGUGCUAGUGUUCGUGUUCGAUAUAGUGAUUUAUUAGCAAUAGAUCACUAAGAUGUCGUCACCGAGCGCUGGGAAACGUCGUAUGGACACAGACGUCAUAAAGCUCAUCGAAAGCAAGCACGAGGUGACGAUAUUGGGAGGCCUGAACGAGUUCUGCGUCAAAUUCUUCGGACCUCCAGGCACCCCAUACGAGGGUGGCGUGUGGCGAGUCCGGGUGCACCUGCCCGACCACUACCCCUUCAAGUCGCCCUCCAUCGGGUUCAUGAACAAGGUGUACCACCCCAACAUCGACGAGGUGUCGGGCACCGUCUGCCUCGACGUCAUCAACCAGGCUUGGACGGCUCUUUAUGACUUGUCGAACAUAUUCGAGUCGUUCCUGCCGCAGUUGCUCACCUACCCCAACCCCAUCGACCCGCUCAACGGCGACGCGGCCGCCAUGUACCUCCACAAACCCGAGGAGUACAAGAAGAAAGUCUCAGACUACGUCCGAAGAUUCGCCACAGAAGAGGCGCUAUCAGAAAAAGACGCCAUCACCGGCAUGGGCACGACGCCGGCGUCCGGCUCGAAGCCCUCCAACGGCGCGAAUAGCGAGUCCGAGUCCUCCAUGUCCGAGUUCAGCGACGACGAGGCCCAGGACAUGGAGUUAUAACGCACCCCCCGCCACGCGAUUGCUCACUCACUGCCGCUCCGGUUGUUUCUGAACCUACUGUGAGGUCGAUUUGUGUUUGGUGUCGUUCACAUGGCCAUACUGCAGAUGAUUGUAAAGUUAAGACAAGACGCGACUGUCGCGUUUUAAUCAUUUUUAUUUUUUAUUAUCGUGUGCUAAAAGUUAAUUCUUUUUUGUUGCACAAUAGAAUGGUUGACACAUUUUUAAAUUGUUCAUUAUUCUCAAAUUUUAAAUAUUUUGCUGAAUGCGGUAAUAUACUAGUAUUACUACUGCUAUAUGUACUUACUACUAUUUUGGUAGUAUGUAUGUAUUUGCGCUCGGGGGUGUUGCUCUUUCGCUGCGCCCCUACGUUACCGCUGAUACCUAAAAUCUUACACAGCGUAUCUCAACGCACGAUGUUUCAAUACGUCAUAAAUAUUGCAAUCUAUUAAACAUAGUCGCCGUGGUGAAUAUAGAGUGCCAGAGUCCUUUUGUCCGUUUCCUGUAUUUUUGGUAUAUGGUGUAUUUGGUGCAAAAAAUUUACAGAUAUACGUUUUUUUUUUAAAUCAGCUUGUAAUUGUCGUAACUGCAUAUAAUACUCAACUAGGUUGCUAUUGUCGUAACUGCAGUCGCGAUUGGAUAAAAAACUUUACAAUCAACUACAAGAUGGUCAUAUUUAAACGUUAUUUUACUACCUCAGACAAACAAAAACGUUAAAAAAAGUCCCGCCAAAACGUAUCCGGCGUAUUUACGAUUACUAAAAAUCAAAUUCUAAAACAUAUCUUUAGAAAAAAUGUUUUACCAAUUAGUUUUUAUCGAACUACCUACCUUUUAAAAUAGUGAAAAUGUUUUAAAAUUUAGUUGUAAAUUUAUUGAAAUAAAUUCUCAAACGAGGUAGUAUUAUAAUCAGUGUGUUGUGGGACUGUACAAAUAUUGCAUCACAUUUUUUGUCAGGGGUCAUUUGACCUCAUAAAAAAAUGUGAAAAACGAAAAAACUAUUUUUUUAACUUAUAUAGAAUUGCAAUGAAUAGGCUGAAAUUCAAUAUUAUUUAUUAUAAAUAUUUUUAUCUAAAAUAAAAAAAUUAAAUACUUAAUUACAAAUUAUUUAAUUUAAACAUUUAUUUAAUUUGAAAUAAUAUAUUUGUUUAUCAGGUAUUUGAAAUACUCAUUAUAGAGAUUACAAUAAUUCCAUAAUAAGGAACUAUUGUAGGUUACUAGUUAAAUAACCAUUUUUUUUUAAACCAUAGACAUUGUUCAUGUAUAGAGCGUCAAACUUGUGACGUAAUAAAUGUACGGUCCCCAAAUACUUUCAACGCUUCACAGUAAGUUUGCAAAAGUAUGAUAAAGCCAGUAAAGAAUAGUUUUUGUGUCCGCCGUUGGUGAAACUAAUUCAUUUACAUAAUCUGUAUAAUCUAUGGACCACAAAUGCCAAUUUUAGAAUUUUAGAUCAAAAUAAUGAAAAUAUAUAAACUGCUCAGAAAAAAGAAACACGGUGGACACGUAUGUGCUUUAAAUUAUUAUCGAAAAAAAAAUUUCAAUGUAAAUUUAGAAUUCAUAUUUUAAAAUUGGUGUGAUGGAAAUGUAUUUCUUAAUCGGAUAGAUUUUGUCUAUGGGUUUUUGUGUGGACAUCCUUAUGCCGUGCUACUUUUCUAAAUGUCCUGAAAUAUGUCAAAAAUAAAUAUAGUCUUAAUUUUUAACGAUCAUUUUCAACUUUUAAUAAAUUUAUUUUAAUGUUAUGUGAAAUUUUAAUGAGACUAUUUAUAUUUUAAUUUUUCACACAUAAAAUUUUCUACUAUAAAUUUUGUAUAAUUUGUAAGUAAAAUUUGUAUUUUAAAUUUUUAAAUAACAUGAAAAUAAUGGUUUAUGUUUGCACAAUAUAGUAUUAGGGUGAUUAAUGAACUUUUUUUAAUGUGUAAAUUAUUGUUUUUUUUUUUAAUCUUGAGAAGUAUGCCGGAUAAGGUUAUUUAAAAGUCCAUGUGUUACGCUUAUUGUACGAUAGCAGCAAAGUUUUAAGGAUCGUGUUCACUUAGUCGGUGUAAAAUCGUGUAGUUUGAUGUCUUUGGAAUGAGAUUUGUCGGAAAAAUUAAUAUAAGGUACAAUAUAUCGUACUAAAUUUUAUUAUCGACGUGUUUUGAGAAGGUAGAUACUUUAUAAAUUUCGUGUAUCCUGUAUGUAUUGUUUGUAUUGAAACAAACCCAUUUAAUGAGGUACCUUCUCAAAUAUUACGGUAGUAUUUAAUUAUAAUCGAUAAUAAUACUUUUUAAUUCAAUAACAAAUGUGCUGGCAACACAGCGGAUGUGAGUGAGCAAGGUAGCAUUUUGUAAAUAUCUUUUUAAAUCUGUCCCCAUAGCAUAAAUCCAACUUAAAUCGAGCCCGUUGUCGGACUAAAGUCAUCACUUUAUAUCUCAUAGGUAUUUAAUUUUUUUUAUUAUAGUGUUAAUUUUUAAAUAAACGUGUCAUGUCUGUUUCGUACAUCUCCCUCUGGAACUACCGUUUUUGUAGUUUUCAAUUUUACAAUGGCAACACUGAAAUCUAUUGAUAAAAAAUGUGGGCUUCAAUACAUAUAAAAAAAAAUAUUAUUUACCCUCAAACUGUGAUCAGUAGGUUCCUUUAUCAGGGAGUAAAAUCGUCAAUUGUCUAUGAAAGAGGUUGAGAAAUCUAUUUGUUAUCUGUACUUAGUGUAAUUACUGUUGCGUAGAAGUAUUCUGUUUUAGCACAAUGAAUUUUAUCGAUUUUGACAAUGUCUUUUUAUACUUUAACUAAAUCUUCUUCGGGGCCACAGAAAUAGAUGCUAAAAUAAAGCUAAAAUUUAGUUCAAUGUAACACAAAUUGUCUUAUCCUUUUCAUAGUAUGAUUUCAUUUUCUCACAGCGCAAAGACAGUAUAGAGCUAUAGUUGUUAUACGCGACAAUAGAAGUUGUUGAGGAGAUAUAGCUAAAAGCGUAGAUUUUUUUUAAGGUUUUAGUUUAAAUAAAAGGAGUAUGAAGAGUUUUUAUUAAAUUAAUUCUCUUGCGCAUGUUUAGUGUCUGCUUUACCAAAUACUUAGCAUUUCUUUGUUUUUGAUGACUCGGAAGGCAACAACGCUUUGCUAAUCCUGCCAAAGUACGAUUUUGGCUUUGUUUGUAAUGUUCUUUUUGGUUUCAUUGUACAGUACGAAUGGAUUACUGCAGUUACUAUUAAUCUACAUGGACAAAGACUAUUUAAAAAAAGUUAUUUUGUAUUCGAAUGAACGAACUACUUGGCCGUGCGCUGAUUUGUUUUAUUUAUAAUUGUAUUUAAAAAGAAACACUUCUUACAAAGAUUUAACGACUCCUGUUUUACCAGAAAGAACAUUACAAGAAACGAAUACAAUACAGAUCUCUAAAAAUGACAUUUUGCGAUUCUGAAAGUGUUGCAAUCGUCUCUAUUGUUAAGUCUAGGUUACGAAUAGAAUAUAACACGAAAAAAAUAUAUUAUUAAUAUAGACAUAUAUUAUAUGUAUCUUCGAAAUGAUAACCCAGCCAUAAUAAUAUAUUUUGGUAUAAGGAGGUAACAUGUUAAAUUUCCUAGUUGUAUGAAAAAAAAGUUGGGUUGACGGAUAGUUCAUAUUUUCUUUUUUUGGAAGUUUUUGGUAGUUUUUCGAGCUUUCACCAGUCCACCCAGCUUUGGGUAGCACCACAGAGUAUGUACUAUGUCGACGUGGUAUUGAUGUUUUAAAAUCGUAUGAAUUAUCCCGGCAAAGGUUUUCAAAUGUGCUUCCAAUUUUAUUUUUUUUAUAUGUUGACUAUAAUUUUACUCUAUUGUCUAUGUAGUUGUGUGAGGAGAUUUUUUUUUCAAUUACCUAUGCUAUUAUCCAAUCGUUUUGGGUACAUUUGAAAAUGUUGGCUUGGCCUGAAAUAAUAGUGAUGCGACGCACUUAUAUUUAUGGUAAAAAAAUCAAAGGAUAUCCUUUCGAUAUUUUUGUCUAUUAUUCUCAAUCCGCAAAUUUAUACCAAUUACAUAUUUUAUAUUUUAAAAACUGGUAAAAAAAAUUUUGAUGGAAUUCUCAAGGGUCUACAUUGUCUUAAAUUGCUGUUACAUAUUAUUUCAUUUAUUUUUCAGUUUAAAAUCAAGUCACACAAUUUUUAUAUUAAUCGAGUAUGGAAACAAAUGUAAAGAAUUAACAUCUGUCAGAUAAAUCAGGGUCCACAAUUAUUACAAAAGUCCUUUCACUCAGUACAUAUUUAACGAAGUUGCGCAAGCAUUCUUUCUAAUUGGUUCAGACUUAUUUAUUUAAUAAAUAAGUCUGAACCAAUUAGAGAGAAGAAAGAAAAAAAUCUUUAUUAGAGCAUUAGCUUAGCUCUACAGGUGUUUCCCAUAAGCUAUUAUUAACAGCAAUUUCCUGACUUUCUAUUACUAUUCACGAUUUUAUUCUAAAAUCUUUUACAUAUUUUUCAUCCAUGAACGCAACUUAACAAAAAUAAACUCAAACUUUCAGUUUGCUCAAAAUGGGGUGAAAAGUUGCAUUAAUUAUAAAUAAAGGUUUGAAGCUGUCUUAUGUUGCAUUGAUAAAGGUCCGUUUAUAUCUACAGACACAGUGCGUCACAGACAAGUAUCGUGGCAGACACCCACAGACACCGUCUAUUCACACUGCCCAGCAGCUGGUAGCUAGAGACACCUAAAGUCCUUUUAAUGAAAUUAGUCUGCCACGGCACGUGUCUGGCACGCUAAAUGUCUGUAGAUAUAAACGGACCUUAUGAUGUGGACCAGUCAAAAUUUAUUAUCUGUAAAACUAAAUAAUCGAUAUCGAAAUCACAUUGUGUCGUAUCACUAUUGUUCUUGUAUGUGUAUAAUAAUAAUUAUUAUGUACUAAUCAAUGGUGUGAAACCAAAUUAAUUCGUUCGGAUAAGAAUUUCUAUUACGGAAGAUCAGUUAUACAUGUAACAGAAUAAAAGUUUAUAGCUGGUAUAUUUUUAUUUCAUUACAUGUAAUAAACUUACGUUAUUUUUAAACUAAAA